AUGGAGAGGUGCGGGAGCUGGGACUGCGACGCCGCGGCGGCGCAGGCGGCAGCGCAGAAGGCGGUGCCGGCGCCGUUCCUGACCAAGACGUACCAGCUGGUGGACGACCCGGCCACGGACCACAUCGUCUCCUGGGGGGACGACCGGGUCUCCACCUUCGUCGUCUGGCGGCCGCCGGAGUUCGCACGCGACAUCCUCCCCAACUACUUCAAGCACAACAACUUCUCCUCUUUCGUCCGGCAGCUCAACACAUACGGCUUCCGGAAGGUCGUUCCGGAGCGGUGGGAGUUCGCGAACGAGUUCUUCCGCAAGGGGGAGAAGCAGCUGUUCUGCGAGAUCCACCGGCGCAAGACGUCGACGUCCACGGCGUCGCCGUCGCCUCCGCCCUUCUUCGCGCCGCCUCAUCACUUCCCCCUCUUCCACCCGGGCGCCCCGCACCACCACCACCAGUUCGACGACGGGGUCGUGGCGGCGGCCGCGCACGGCGUUGGCCUCGCGUUCCCGCACCCGCAUUGGAGGGAGCCGCCGCACGCCGCCGCGCCGGUGGCCGCCACGCGGCUCCUAGCCCUGCCCGCCGCCGACGCGGCGGCGGCGGCGGAGGCAACAACGCGGGGGGCGCGGCCGUGCUGA